UCGCCAUCACUUUUGACUGACAAGUGAAGCAGGUUGUCUUCCGGCAGUACUAGAGCAGCGCCAGCACCAAGCGACCAGCAGCCAUGCGUAUCCACACGUGCUACUUCUGCUCCAGCCCCGUGUACCCGGGCCAUGGCAUUACGUUCGUGCGCAACGACAGCAAGAUUUUCCGCUUCUGCCGCUCCAAAUGCCACAAGAACUUUAACCGCAAGCGCAACCCACGCAAGGUGAAAUGGACCAAGGCCUUCCGGAAGGCUGCGGGCAAGGAAAUGGCCUUGGAUACGACGUUUGACUUCGACAAGCAGCGCCACCGUGCUGUCAAGUACGACCGCGAGCUCAUGGGUGCUACCAUUCACGCCAUCGAGCGCGUGACGCAGAUCAAGGAAAAGCGCGAGGCAGCUUUCUACAAGAACCGCAUGAAGGACAGCAAGGCCAAGGCCAAGGCGCGCGACCUGCGCGAGCUGGAACAGAACAUUACGCUCAUCGAGCCGGCCGCGGCGGCACUCAAGGACCAGGCGCAGCUCAAUGUGUCGGCCUCCAAGCAGAAGGACGCGGCAGCUACAGAGGCACCGUCCUCCAUGGUCUUAGAUCAGUAAAGUUAAACCUCAAGUGGGUCGUGAUUUUUACCAAUGCAUACAUACAGCUUCAUUUUCUACUGUCGACGAU